AUGGGCAUCAACGAUACCGGCACCUGGCAACGUCCCCGCGACGUCCAGGACGAGGACAGCGAGCAGUGCAUGGCCAAUAUAGAAGCCGAGUCGUGGAAGUCGUGGCCUAACGAGGCUGGCUUCGUAGGCCUCGACGAGCAUCGUGGACCCGUGGACCUCGUGGUAACGGGUCACAUCCCAUCAUGGGCAGCCGGGACCCUGUUCAGGACUGGGCCAGGCGAAGGCAGGCUGGAGAUGUCCGAGGGUAAGACGCACAACGUGUCUCACUGGUUCGACGGGUUCGGCCACACGCACAGGUUCGACAUCAUACCAUCGCCCGGCUCCGACUCCGGAGGUGACGGCAGCGUCAGCAGCGCGUCGGUGCGGUACUCAUCUCGCAGAAAUUCGCAGGCUCUCAUCGACGACGUGAAGCGGCGCGGGUGGCGUGCGGGCGUGACGUUUGCCCAAAGGGCCGACCCGUGCAUGGGCAUCUUCUCCAAGAUGAUGACGCUCUUCAGGACGCCUCCGCCCAACAACAACGUCGUGGUGGAGAGAAACGUGCCUGGUCCGCUGUCCGUUGCCGACGGCAGCAGCACGGCAGGCUACCGGACGGGGACCCGCAACCUGUUUGUUCUGACCGAUAGCGCCCACGUGCAGGAGAUCGACGCCGACACCAUGGAGCACCUCCACGACGACUCCACCCCGACGAAGCUGCACCCCGACCUGGCCGGGCCGCUGUCGUGCGCUCACCCCCAGAGGGACCCGGUCAACGGUGACCUGUACAACUACAACCUUUCGCUAGGCCGUCGGCCGACAUACCGCAUCUUCAGGACCAGCGUGUCGACGGGCAGGACGGACAUACUGGCCACGGUGACGCCGCCGCUGCUUCCCAUCGCGUACAUCCACAGCUUGUUCCUCACGCCCAGCUAUGUGGUCCUAUGCGCCCCAUCAUCCCACCUCGCCCUCUACGGGAUCAAGAUCCUCAUCAAGCGCAACGUCGCCGAGGCUCUCGAGCCGUUCGACACGUCCAAGCUGAUGAAGUGGGUCGUGAUCGACAGGAAGGGCGGCAAGGGUGUCGUGGCCAGCUUUACCACUCCCGCCGGCUUCUUCUUCCACACCAUCAAUUCCUUUGAGGAGCACGGUGGAGAGGGCCGGACAAGUCUCGUGUUUGACCUCGCCGGCUAUGACGACCUCAGCCUGAUACACGGCACGUAUCUCGAUGUCCUGCUGGACCGGGAGGAUGCCGCUCGCAAGUUCUGGAUCGAUCGAGACGGCCGGCACAAGUGCCACCUCAGCAUCCGACGGUACCACUUCACCGUGCCGUCGUCACCGGACACGGCUGCCACCGGCACGGCUGACCUGGUAUUCUCCAUCCCCGCCCCCCACUGCGGCGAGCUUCCCACCAUCAACCCCGCGCGGGCCACGCUGCGUUAUCGCUACGUCUACUCGGCCGGGACCCGGGGCCUGAGCACAAUGAUGGACUCGCUCGUCAAGACGGAUCUCGAGACGCACGGUGCCCUUCUGUGGAACCCACCUCGGGGACAUACACCUGGCGAACCCAUAUUUGUGGCUAGGCCGGUCGAGGCGGGGGGCACCGGGGAAGAGGAUGACGGUGUGCUCCUAUGCGUGGUUCUGGAUGGCACGGCCGAGAGAUCGUAUCUGCUCGUACUCGAUGCCCGGAGUAUGGAGGAGAUUGGCAGGGCUGAUGCCACGUUUGCCAUCGCUCUCGGUACGCACGGUGUUUAUGCAAAGGAGAUUUGA